AUGCACUUGCACUAACUCAGUAGUCGAGUUGCUGCACCCAGGAGAGCCACUGUGUUUAGUUACACCAAAAAGGGGUUGAAUAUAAGACCUGACAGUCCCAAAACCAGAGAGGCAUGUCUCGCCUUGGGUUAUGAUUCCUCGAUCUUCAAACUCAAGUAUUGUGACAUCUUAUUAAGAAAAUUGGAGGAGUUUGGUGGACCAGAUGUCACUGAAGCAGUUCAAAAAAUGAGAUUUGAUCAUUAUGUAAAAAAAAUGGAAAUUACAUUCAAGGAGAUCUCACUAAAGAGGAAGUAAAUCACCAAGAAGAACAAAGGGUUACAAAAUAUUUAAUUAGAAAAAUCAUUCCAUCGAGAUGAGGGUUUAGUCAACGAUUUGAUCGAAACCUACAAUAAAAAGAUGGUUAACCUGAAGAUAAAUGAAGAGGAGAAUGCUGAUUCCUAUGAAUCCUUUGAUGAAGAAGAUCCAGUUCUGGUUUUAGAGGAAUAAUUGGAAAAAGAAAUCAGAAAAUAUCAAAGAGCGCUUGGAGUUAAAGCUAAGGAAGUCCAUCAUCAGUUGGAGAACGAAAAGAAGAGACAUCUAUUGUAAUAAGAGAUGGAAGAAAGAGAAAAAAAGAUUGCUGAAUUAAAGGAAAGAAUUACAAAAGAAAAAUUAUUGAAGAAAAAAAAGAAAUCAGAUGCAGCCUAAAAGAAAUUUAAUGAUAUAAAAAACAAAGAAAAACAGUUUAAUCUGAAAUAAAUUGAUGAAAGAAAGAGAUAAUUAGAAAGAUUUGAAGAAUUAGGAAGAAAAUUAUAAUUUGAUGAUCAAAUAAAGAAAAAGGAGAUUGAAGAACACGAUAAAGCAUUAAGAUAAAAAUUUGAAACUGUAAAAGCAAACAAAAGAAAAUAUGAUCAAUUUAUGGAAGAAAAAAUGACACAAACUCUAAGUAACUUGUAAGUUAAAUAAAAUGAAUGCAAUUCCAAUAAAGAGAGGUUUACAUGGGAAAGCAAGUUAGAGAAAUUAACCAUGAGAAGUUCUCAUUAUGACGAGAAAUUGAGAAAAAUUAAAUUAUAAACUUAACAAAAGGAAGCAGAUACUAUACAAAAAGUUGUUGAAAAAAUGUUUAAUAAAGAUAAGGAUCUAUAAGGUAUACUCUAUCAUUUACAUAUUUUAGCGUUAGAAAAAUAAAAGUAAAUGAGUGAAUAAGCCAAAGUUAAAGAAGAACUUACCAAACGCAAAAAGGCCUAAGAUACUUUGAAUAGAAUUUAAUCUCUUUAACUAUAAAGAGUUACAAAUCUAGAAAAAAAGUUCUUAGAUUAAGAUCAAUUGAGCAAUAGGAGAAAGGAUGAAUACGAUUAUUAAAAGAAUUUAAGAAAAGAAAAAUUGAAAAUUAAAUAACAAGAUUUAAUUGAAAACUAUUAGAGAUAAGAAAGGCUUAAAGAUUUAAGAUUUAAAUAAGUUAUAAAAGACAGUCAAUAAUUGAAUGAGCAAAAGGAUUUAGAAAAACUCUCCAUGGAAUUGGUUAGAAAGGCUUAAUAAGAAUUGCAACGAAAACUCAAAUAAGAGAAUGAAAAUCUAGAUCGUAGUUUAGUUUCUGUCAACCAGGCAGAUAACAAAUCUAUGGGGUAUUAUUUCUGA